AUGUCACACCACGCUGUUCAAGAUCUUCUUAGCAGAUUUUUAUCUGUCCCGAGGAAUUUCAGGCAUGUGCAAGAUCAACGAGGAAACCACUUUGGAUUCUCCCCAUUCGAUAGCGAUCAGCUAAGACAAGCCCAAAUUUUGAGUGACAACUAUUUUCGUAUCUCGAGAGAGAAUGUUUCCAACGAUCCAGUAGGAAAAGUAAUGGCUCAAGCGCAACAAGACGCUGAGCAAUAUGAUCCGGAAUUAGUUCGUUACGCUCUUAUGGUUUGGAUUGUCCAUGAUCCUGAGGCUCGCAAAAGAAACCUUAAAAUUCCACCAUUAGGUCAACGUGCUCCUCAUAUUGCUGUACCUAAACUAGUAAAUGCCGCUAUUGGUGCUCCAACAUCAACAAUAGCAGAUCCUCCAUUGACCAAUUUAGAUUGGUGGAGAGAAGAUCCUCAAUUAAACGAACAUCAUGAACAUUGGCAUAUCGUAUUCCCUGCUUUUCCCGUUAAUGGUGUAAGCAAGGAUCGUGAAGGAGAAAACUUUGCAUUUAUGCACAGACAGAUGUUAGCUAGAUAUGAUGCUGAACGCAUUGCAGUCGGUCUUCAGCCAGUUAAAGCAUUAUCCGACUUUUCUGAGCGUAUCCCUGAAGCAUAUAACCCCGACUCUGAUUUAGUAUAUGAUCCAAAUAACGCUCCAAAUGCUACUAACGUACAUUUUACACCUCGUUCCGUUGGAAGACAACUUACAGAUUUGGAAGAGGUGCUUGAGGAUAGUGGAAUAUCUUCUUUAAAAUUAAUUGAAACAAAUAAUUCAGUUAAAGGUCAUGAGUUACAAGUUACGAAUAUAAAAGUUAUAGUGAAUAAAAGGAAAAGAGGUUCAAAUUGUACUAAUGUAAAAAAGAGAACAAAUUAUGAAGAAUCUAGCUUGAUUAAUAGUAAUAAAUAUCCUUUAAGAUCAAUUGAAACAAAUAAUUCAGUUGAAGAUCAUAAGCUACAAGUGAUAAAUAUAGAUGUUAUAUCGAAUAAUAGAAAAAAAUCUUUGAAUCAUACUAAAGCAAAAGAGAAAAUAGAAAUUGAACCUAGUUUAAUCGAUAACAAUUUGUCUUCUAAAAAUAGUGCACAACAAAGAAAACAAGUAUCAAAUGCUUCAUUCUUAUUCUUAAUAAUUAAAAACACUUUAUCUUAUAAACAACAGUCAUUUUCAUCUAAAGCUUCGCCAUCUUUUUUGGUCAGAAGUGACUCUUCUGAAAGUAUAUAUAGUGAAUGA